GUGGCUGCCGUGGUUCAAGCGCAUUCCGCUCUGAACUGUUCGCUUCAUCUGUGAUGAUGGUGUGAGAACGGGGCGGCUAGCUGGUCUAGCUCUGGAGUGGAGAUGUUAAGAGAUGGAGCAAAGUGGCGGUAAAAAAGUUAGUUUUAUUGAUUAAACCUCCACAUGGUUUAUAUCGAACAGCAGCUGUUGGUUCUCACAUGUUCGCAGAAAGCGGCGGAAUAAGCAUUUUGACAGGCUAGGCUAAUUUAUGCUACUGGUUUCUAUACAGGCUAGGCUAGGCUAGGCUAAUUGGAGCGCCUAUCUAUACAGAAUAUGCUAGGCUAGGCUAAUUGCGGGUUCGGGUUUCUGUGCAGAAUAAAAAUGGCUUCAAACUCCUCUCUCUCCGCCACUUGGAUUAUUUUCUGAUCUCCAACCGCUUCUUUCUCGGUCGCUGCUGGGAGGAAGGUGCUUCUCGCCGGGAUAAAUCAAGCCAAUACCCGCCCGUCUGUCUAGGGCCUGGGAUGGAACCAGGCGACUUGCGAGAAAGCCCCGCCGGCUCCGGGGAGUCGGAUGUGGGGGGCUGGAGGGAGGUUACUCCCGGCGGUGAGGAGGAGGGGGAGGAUUUGGAGGCGAAGGCUACCAAAACGAGCGGGACUAAAGUAGAAAAUGCGCUCAGAGACGCCUGCGACGAAGGCGACAGUGAAAGAGGCGUCGGAGAUCAGCUGCACAGCCCGUAUGAGGAGGAGCUGGACCCCCGGAUUCAGGAGGAGCUGGAGCAUCUAAACGAAGCCAGCGCAGAAAUCAACAAACUGGAGCUGGAGCUGGAUGAUGCCAGGUCAGCGUACAGGAAGAUCCUCACUGAGUCUGCCAGGAAGCUGAACGCACAGAGCUCUCAGCUCGGCGGCUGCAUCGAGAAAGCCAGGCCGUACUACGAAGCUCGCCGCCUCGCUAAGGAGGCGCAGCAGGAGACGCAGAAGGCGGCGCUGAGUUAUGAGCGCGCCGUUUCCAUGCACACGGCUGCCAGGGAGAUGGUUUACGUGGCGGAGCAGGGCCUGAUGGCCGACGGCAAGAACACGCUGGACCCCACCUGGCAGGAGAUGCUCAACCACGCCACCUCCAAGGUGAACGAAGCCGAGGAGGAACGGAUCCGCAGCGAGCGGGAACACAUGCGCGUCACACAUGCCUGCCAGGAGGCCGAGGCCCGGGUCCAGACCCUGCAGAAGUCCCUGAAGCGGGUCAUCGUCAAGUCCAAGCCCUACUUUGAGCUCAAGUCCCAACUCAACCACAUCCUGGAGGAUCAUAAGACGAAGGUCCUGCAGCUGGAGCAGAACGUCUCCAAGGUGAAGACUCGUUACUCCGUCGCUCUGAGGAACCUGGAGCAGAUCAGUGAGCAGAUUCACGCCCAGAGGGGUCGCGACCCGCCCGACUGCCCCACCCGCAGCCCGCCUGUCGGCGCCGAGUCCAACGCCCGGGUCGGGGAGGACGACGCGACCUGCGGAGCUUCCGCCGCCGCCAAGGAUCGUCUGGACGCGGCCUUGGACCUGGCGGACCGCUACAAGGAGGCGGAGCGGGAGCGGGCCGGGUCCGACUCGCUGUCCGUCUUCAGCCUGCAGACCAUCGCCUCGGACCUGGAGAAGUACGACUCGGUGGAGCACCUGGGCGACCUGGGCGACCUGAGCGACGUGGGCAGCGUGACUGGAGACGAGGCGGAGCGGGACCGGGCCAGGACACGGGACCCGGCGGCACCGAGCGGCGCCAGGGAGCGCCAGCAGAACUUCUCCAAGCAGCACCACCGCAGCUUCAGCCUGUGAGCCGGGACCGGAACCAGAACCGGGACCGGGAUGGAAAACACAAACCAGAACGAGCUUAAACCGACCCGGUUGACCCGGCAGCCUCAGUAGAACUUCAGUAGAACUUCAGCAGAACCCGGUUGACCCGGCAGCCGCAGUAGAACACUACAGCAGAACCCUGAAGGUCAAUCUGUUCCUCUAGCAUGAUGAAACCAUCAGAACUUUAAAAUCCCUGUUUGUUUUAUUUUCUCAGGCUCUGGUCCGGUCCGGUCCGGUCCGGUCGGACCUCUGGAGGCGCCGUUUCCCCUGUGUCCCAUCAGGCCGGAAGCUAACCGGGUCACCCGGACCCGGCAGAACCUGGCACCGUCAGGAAGACUUGAUUAAACUCUUGGUUCUGUCUGCAGCUGCAGGAGCGUGUUUUGCUCGGUCCUGAAGUUCCGGUCCAGGUUUUAGAAUCAGCCUUUUGUUUAAAUGGUGUGAAGUCAGAUUUGUGUUAUUUAAAAUAUUGUUUACAUGGAUUUUUGUUUGCCUUAAAAACAAAAGAAGCUCCUGUUGUGACUUGAUGUGUGCCUUGACACUUUAACUUUUCUGUUCCCAACUGAUCAGAACUUUUAUGUUCCAGACAAAAGUUUUUAUUUGACGACUGAAACGUCUAAAACAAUAAAGUGGAACAGCCUGUAAAUGUUUGUAAUUAUUCAGAUGGAGAAUAUUUAAAUGUGUUUGAUGAUCUGUAAAUGUGACUCUGCUUCCUGUUGCACCAAUAAAUCUCACCUUUGACUCCUGAA